AUUGUACAACUUUCUGUUCACGGAUAUAACAGUGACGUACAUUAGGCGUUACAUACAUACAGUCGGUACAUCCUUGGGUAUGAAUUUCUAAAAUUGUCGAUAUGCUAGAGUCAUUUUGUGUUUGCUGAUAUUGUUAAAAUACAUGGUAGAUAAAGAUUUAACAAACAAUAAAAACCAUUGAGAGCUAUCACUUGCAUUUUUGGAUUAAUGAUUAUUUUUACACAUCUCGUAUCUGGUCGAUAUAAUAAUUUUAGUUUUCUGCUCUUACAAUAUCGUCAUCUCCAACUCGCGUACAAAGCUGUACGAUAUCCGAGCUUAAUAUACACAAUUGUCCAUACUUUUUGUGACAAAGUGACAUAUGACAUACUAACGUGAUUACUAGAACACGAAAGUAGUUUCCCGACCGUAAACGGGUUCCGGCGGAAUUGUGUUCCAGGUUUUCCGGUGUAGUAAACCCUAUUGCUUGCCCGUUAAUGACAUCGAGUACAAUGUAUAUCGGAACAAGCUAACGCGAUAUAAGUAGUAAUUUAACAUGUUUAGUAGAGGAGGAGCAUGUCAGUCACAGUAAUAAGCGGCGCGAAAGACCUGUCCAUCAUCAUUUCGAUCGUACUUUUUUAAUUCAACGGCUAUCAAAACACUUAUUUAUCCGUGAGUGUUGUACGCGGUAGAGACGUCGGCGAGAUAAGGGAGAAAACCAUUGAGCAGAGAGAAACGAAAAUUUUGUUGACAGAGGAACAAGUGCAUCGAGAUAUAAGAAAUACGUGCAGUUGUAUCACAGUAAAGGAGUCUUAAGGAGCUCAUAAGUGCAUAAAACUCGUUAAUUAACCAACGAGGGAAGAUCUUAAUUGACGAAAAUAUUACAUUGACUAAAUUCCUGUAACAAGAUGAGGAAUAUAUGGAGCAUUCUAUUGAUCAUUUGUUCAAUAAAGCUCCUGACGUCCAGCUGGAAAAUUAAUCAACAGUGUGAAAUACAAAAUAACACACGGCUGGCCUGUGUCUGUUCCGGUAACGAGGUAUUACAGUUUCCAAAAGAUCACAACUUGAGGAACAUUAGUAAUAUCUUUAUCUCAUCGUGUUCAUACGUAAACUUGCACAUAUCUGAUGCAAUGGACCCAGAAGGCGUGCGAAAUAUUAUAAUUCGUAAUAUAAGCAGAACACUAAUAUUUGAUUCAACGGUAAUGACAAAGAAUAUCGAAAAUAUUGAAUUUUUAAAUAUCGGAGUUAUACAUCGUAUCGCAGGAGAUUCAACUUUCAAGAUGGCUCAACAUAUAAAACGUUUCCGUAUAGAAGAUACGAAUAUCGAGAAUUUCAAUGCAGAAUUUCAGAACAUCAGUGUGACCCAAUUUUUAUUCAGAAAUGUAACAAUUGCGCGAAUGAUCGGUCUUAAUUUUUCGAAACGCGGCGAACUUCUUAAGAUAAUAAAUUGCACUUUUCGCAAUAUUCAAAGCACUCUGCAUUUUAUUUUCUCUACAAUUGAAAUUCGCAAUUCGAAAUUUGAAUUGCAAAAACCAACUGACGUGUCCAUUGUAGGCGAUAAUACUGUUGUGGCCAAUAGUGUAUUUUUAAAUGUUAGUAUGAAUCUAGUUGCUUCCAAUAAAAUCGCUGUGAAUAAUACAUGCGCCGAUGGGAAGAGUUCUUUGAGACUUUCAGCGCGCAGUAUCGAAAGCUUUGGAAAUAGAUUGCCAACAGAGAUAAUAUAUCCCAAGAAUAUGGGACAAGACGUACCGGGUUUAUUACUGGCUCGAAAUAACACCGUGUGCAUUGCUGGUAAUUGCAAAUGCAUUAAAAGCAAUGCUGUUGGCUUGUAUGGGCAACUACAUGGAAACAUAUUUAACGGCAUCAUGUUAUCAAUAUUUAUUCUCAGUUUAUAAAAACUUAUAUAAUAAUGAGAGCAUUUGCCGUUGGAUAAAUAUAACUGUCAUACGCAACUGAAUUAUUAAUAAUAAUUGUAAGUACUAUAAUAUAAGGUAAAAUGCGAUUAUUAUUUGUAUUCAACAAUCUGGAAAUGCAUAUCAGUUUUUGUAAAUGCAAUCAUUAUGCAUGAUAAGACAAAUUAGACAAUUUUUUAUAUAUUUUUAAUUCCUUAAUAGAAUAAGUUUAUAGACUUACAAUUAGAAUUAUUGUUGAGAACUCAUAACUUAUAACGAAUAAUUUAAAAAAUAUACUAUUAUUAUAAAAGGAUAAGAACACAUUAAUAUUUUAAUAUUAUACCAUAAGGCACUGUACAGGGUUUUUUAAUGCAAACGUAUCACCUGAAGUUAGCCUGUCUAUUUGGUUUCUAUCGUAGAACCAUCUUCAGGUGUUACGUUUGUCGUGAAUAACCCUAUAUCAAUUUUUAUUAGUUAUAUUGAAUUUAAAAUGAGAUACGAUAUAUAUGGUUAUUCGCGAAUAUUAUAAUUGUGAGAAUAUAUCAUUUUGUACUAUGUUUAUAAUUUUAGACUGUUUUUACCUCUUCUAUAAAAGUGAAAUAAUUUUA